AAAUUUCGGUACAAAAUGUAUAAUUCUGACUUUUUAUCAUUGCAGAUUAUUUGGGACGACAGGUUAUUGUUCUGCGUGUUCCAAAAUGAUUCCAGCAUUUGAAUUAGUGAUGAGAGCAAAGACAAACGUGUAUCACCUUGAAUGUUUUGCAUGUCAACAGUGUAAUCACAGAUUCUGUGUCGGUGAUAGAUUUUAUCUGUGUGAUAAUAAGAUUCUCUGCGAAUACGAUUACGAAGAACGAAUGGUAUUUGCCAACAUGAGCUACAAUUACAACGCCCUGUCUCACUUGAAAAGACAAACACACAACCUCAGCGACGAUGUAUCGAGUGGUUAUGGCAGCCCGAGCCCUAACUCUCUGUGAAACAGGAGGCAGCAACGUUUGAGGGCAUAUCCACUCCCGACAUUGGAUGCGGGUGUAGGCGGCACCUCCGUUGCUGCGACAACAACUGCAUUAGAAACUACAUCUUGUCCAUCCCCAGAACUAUCCAGUGGCUACCAUCCAACCUGAAAGAAACUCUGAGAUAUUAUAUAUUUAUUUAAGUGUUUUUUAAUUUUUUUUUUCGUGUUGGUGAUGUUGUUUUUGAGGACAAUUUUUUAGGUGGCUUAAACACAAGGAGAUGAAUGAGAAUGUAAUGAAGAUGAAGAUGAAGAAGAAGAAGGAGAUGGUGAAGUCGAAGAGGACAAAGAAGCUGGAGAUAAUAGACGUUGAAUUCAUAAAUAUACAGUCAUCUCUGUAAAAGAAAAAAAAUAGUAGCAUAAUGUGACAGAAAAUAUAUAAACUCACACAGACGAAAGCGAAAAACGAAAAGAGCCCCCCAAAACUUCACAAUUUUUUCAAAUGUACAUUUUGUUUACUAAAAAAAAUUCACAACAAAGAAA